AUGGGAGUGCCUCUAAGGGAUGGCACCCUCAGCGUCACGUGGUCUCACCCUCCUCAGAACCCAUCGGCAUACACUCAAGGAGCCUAUUCAGGAGGUUAUUUGCGCGAUGCAUGCUCCAGCAGCAACUGCAACAGCGACAGCACAAGCUGCGAACGCCCCGUGUCUGCCAAGGACCUGAUAAGGAGAUACACCUUCCCUGGUUCCAUGAGCAGCAGCAGCAGUGCAGCAGAAUCAGCAGCAGAGGCAGCAGCAGGAAAACAACCGAGACGAGCCACUGCCUGCUGCUUUCUUUCUAGCGAAGGAGUUGGGAUUUCCGCGGCACCCUCCACUUGUGCUGGUGAGCCUUUUAGCCCCCGCAGUAGGCCAAAAGCAGCGACGAAAGCCAACAGCAGCAACAGCAGCAGCCACAGACUCUCCACUGUCAGUACCCCAAGCGGAGACAGCAGCAGCAGCAGCGGCAGCAUGCCUCUUAGCCCUUACCCCCCGCGACCACACAGCGCAGAAGUGCAAGAAGGAGCCGCAGCGCAGUUACAGCACGAGAAGCAAACAGAAUCGGCAGAGAGAGAGGAGCCAUGGCGGUCCAGAGAGCACCUGCAAGCUACAGACAAAGAGAAUGGCGCUACUUUUGGCUCCAAAACGGCUCAAGACACACAGCGAUUUUUCCAGGAGGAGCAUCAGCGGCUGCACGGAGAGGAGCAUCAGCCGCUGCAACAUGGGCAGGAGCGACACGAUGAGAAAAGGGAGGCCUGUGGCACUGAGGAGUCGCGUACCGCUGUAGUUAAGAGCGAAGAAGUAGAACUAGAAUCGACGGAAUCCAAUCCUGCGGCUGCAGCCGAAUGCACCAUCGUUUCCAGCAUAGGCCCCUCUAUUCGCUCUGUCUCUCCGUACAGCAACAGCGCAGACAGUACGCCAGCCUCUCUUUCAUCGCGUGCUGUUGAUGGGGAGUGUCGCACUGCAGCAGCCUCCCCAGACGUAUGCAUGCCCCUCGUGACAGCAGCAGCAGCAGCAGCAGCCUCUGAAACGGCAGUUUUUCUCCUGGAGAGCGAAUAUUCAGCGGUUCGCCAAGCUCAAUCGCGAGCGUCCAAACCAGGAGGAGGAAAGCUCAAGGAGCUCACAGGCAAAAAUGGGGACGAGACAUGCCUGUUGUUGCAGCCUUCUCUGCAGCAGAAGCAGCACGAGGAGAGCGAAUCCGCUUGUCUGCAGCUGUCACGGCUGUGUGAGGAAGCCGCAGCCGCAGCCUUCUCCGCAGCAGAAGAGCAGCAGUUGCUGCUGAAUUUCGAGAUGGCUCUUGCGAAUCGGACGCCUCGGCUGUCAGCAGCUGAAUCAAGAGACGUCGCGGCAGAAGCCUCCCUUACCCCAGCAGAAGCUGCAUCUGCUGCAGCAGAAACAAGACUCGGCAAGCACCACAGCUCCAGCAGCAGCUGCUCGUCAAGUGCGCCUGCGGCAGCCGCUGCUGCCGCUGAAGCCGAUGCAGCGGCUGCUCCACACAGAGCGCAGGAAGAACUCCUGCAAAGAGAGAAGGAAAGCCUCUCCGUGAUCCAGCGGCAGCAACUCCAGCAGCUGAUCGAGGAAGAGGAGCACCUCGUCCUGCUAGCCAAACAGAAGGAGGCUAUCCUUGCAGAGCUACAGGCGGAGUCAAGCAGCCAUAAAGGCACCACCGGGAAGGAGCCGCAGGAGGAGCUUUCCAGCCGUCGUUCAUCAGAAAAUCUCUCAAACACCUGGCGGCAACUCGCUUUGCGCAUUGCGGAUUUUCGCAGAGCAGACACCGCCUCGGCUGCUCCCACCCUUGCGGCAGCUGCAUUGCAGCAGCAGCAGCCCUUAGCGUGCAGAGAGGCACUCGACACCAGUGUGCUCACUCUCUCAGCGGCAGCCUUCUUCAGCCUUUCUUCCGCCUUGCAACAGCCACAGCCACAGCAGCAGCAGCCACAGGAUGGCGUGGUUGCUGCGUUGCAGCGUGUCGCCGUCUCGAAACAGACCCUCGAUGACUCACUGCUUCUGCUGCGAGCAGCAGUAGCAGCCAAUCCUAAGGACGCUGGAGCGCUCAUGGCGCUUGCAGCUGUCGCGCUUCACUGCAGACACUAUCGCGAAGCGGAAGAAAAGUUUUGCUUGUUGCUGCAACUGCUUGAGCCCCUUCUUCUGCGGCUCAGCCGCAACUUUCCCACCCCUCGAGAAGACACUCCACCCACAGAGCCAAUGCUCCUGCGCCCGCCACACCUGCUGCCUCCAACGCUUCUAUGCGGUGAAGAUGCAGCGGCUCUAUUUGCAUGCUUUAAAGAGGCGCAAGACGCGGGCCCUAUAGUCUUGUGGCCAGCAGUUGCGGGUGUCGAGGCUGCAGCUGGCAACAGCGGCGCGGCACGCGCACACAGCGCUGCAAGCAGGCUGCAACGGACGCAUGCAGAUCGAGCGGCUGCAGUAGCCGUCUCCUUGGAGUGGUUUUGCUGCAAGAGCCUAGGACGCCUUGCCCUCGCCUUCGCACCGUCUCCUGCUGCAGCAAGGAUGCCACUCCAACGAGCACUCGCUGCCGCUGCUGGAGCUGCACAGACGGAAGCGGCGGACGACUCUUUGUGGGCGCUGUACGCGCACAUGCUUCUCAAGCAGCAGCAAGAAGCUGCUGCUGCUCUGGCGCUGCAGCUGGCAGUGGCCGCUGCGGGGUACCGUGCGAGUACCAGCAGCAGCAGCAACAACAACACGAAAAGCGGCAACUCUUCCUCCGAAAGUGGAAUCGCCAGGCUAGGCAGACUGCUGCGCACUGCAGCCGAUCCUCGCGAAGCCGUCUUGGCUGCUCUUGAAGCAGCGGCAGCCAACGCAGCGCCCACGCACACCCCCGCAGCAACCCGCAACAAUGCGACAGCAGCAGCAAGUGCAGCUGCUGCAAACUCUGUUCGCUGCCAGAUCCUAACCAGUGCUGCUUUGAACGAAGUCAUUGCCACACCCCUCCUCUAUCCCGUGCCUGCCAGUGGCUGCGGUCCCUGCAGCAACGACGCGUCGCUGCUCGCACGCUGGCAGCAAAUGCAGGUAGAGGUGUUCACCUGCCACGCUCAGCGGCUCCUGAAGGGCGAAGCUGAGACAGCAUUCGAAUCACCAGCGGCGCCCUUGACGACGGCUCAGAAGAGUGUCUUGGCUCUGCUUGAAGAUGCAGAACGUCUUUGCGACAAGCUGCUGCUACGGCGACAUCUGCCACCCCGCAUUCUCGCUGGAGCGCUCUCCGAGAAGUCGCUCGUUCACCUCCUCAGGGGCAGUCUGACAAAGCGCCGCUCGAACGGCAAAGAAGAAGCUCUGAAGUUCGCUCGAGCUGCCGUCCGUCUUGCGACUGACAUGCAAAGUCAAACCCGUCUGGGCCUGGUGCUGCUCUGCUGCGGCUGCAACGCAGAGGCGCUCUCUGUGCUGCUCGCCGCUUUGCAGAGACGGCGAGCUGCCUAUACACCCGAGCUCUCGGGUUGUGCUGCAGCCUAUUUGGCCAUUGCAGCAGCCAGAGAACAAAGCCGCUGCUGCUCGAGGCUGCAGCAGACGUCUCCAGCUGACAUGCGCGCUGCGGACCGACUGCAGCGUCUCCACUCUGUGGCGCUGCAGUUCGCGAGGCUGCAUUUGCCUCACUUGCGUAAAUUUCUGCGGCAUGAUUGCAGUCACCGAGAUGGAAGGGAGCUCUUAGGCCUGGGGUACCUCCCCCUGGUGCAGCCUCUUGCCACUGAGCUUUGCAGCUUGCUGCAGCAGCAGCAAGCCAGCGGCGGCACUUGCGGUCCCUCAGAGAGCGCCACAAAUAGCUGCUCAGCGAAGGAUUUGGCUGCUGCUGUUGCGCAGGCUGGCGAGGCAGCAAAGGCAGCACUGGAGGCAGCCUCUGCAUCGGCAAAGGCGAAGAAGCCCGAAGCGCCAGCGGCAGCAGCAACCGACGCUGCUGCUGCUGCUGCUGCUGCUGCCACGCAGCGAAUACUGCAGAUCCCUAAGAAAGAAGCGGCAGGAGCAGCAGCGUACUUCUCUGCGGCUCCAAAGGCGGUGCCGAAGCAGCCGCAGCUGCAGCAACUGCAGCAGCAUGACCAGCAGCAACUGCAGCAUCUGAAGCUUUCUCUGGAAGGCGCUAGAACGCGGCAGCGCAUAAAAUCCCCCCAGCGGCUGCUGCCUGUCCUCAAUGCUCCGUUGCAGAUGCCUUCCACUUCGGAAUCUCCUGGAUCCAGUCCUUGCGAAGGCUCGACAAAAGGAGUAGCCGCUGCAAAGGCAAUUCUGAACACAGCAGCCUCAGCGCCAAAGGUGGCAGCCACCACAGGAAGCACUGCAGCGCUUCACCCUGUGCAAGCUUCCCAGCCUCCCUCUGACAUGGCCUUGCUGCAUGCGAAGCCGCCCGUGCAGCCUCGCCAGCAGCACCGCAUGAACUUAGCCGCAUCUGCAGAGCCUGGCACUGCCUCAAGUGAGCGGCUUCCUCAGCAAGGCGACCUCGCAAACAUCCCGCCGACUCAAAGACUCCCAGGGAGCUGCCAAGAAAGCUGCCGCAUGCAAGGCGAAGAGCGGCACUGGCGUCAGCAACAGCAGCCUCGAAGCCUCGCAAUGGAAGCCUUCCGGCUAGCUGCCACGGCCUCCUCCGCCUCCCCCUCGGCAGCAGCAGCAGCAGCCUUCAAGCCUUCUCGCGCCGAAACUUCAAGUCUGUCAACUGCACAGACAGCAUCAACCACCGAGGCAGCCGCCAGAACAUGCACUACUGGAGCCGCGUCAGAAGAGCUGUUUGUCGGGGAUGUCGCUUUCCCGAGGGACCCUGGUUUUACAGUAGCUCAGCAGCAGCCACUCCCUCUUUUUCCGAUUUCUCACGAUGCAUGCAGAGUCUUUCAAGAGCAGCGACGCCUUCAGUCGCACUAUCCGCAAAAGGAACGUCACGAGGAUACCUCCUUCUACUCUUAUGCACUGCCCACUGCCUCCAGCAGCAGCAGCACUAGCAACACCCCAGGGUUCUUGCUACAGGGGGGGGGAGCGCAGCAAACUCCUGCCACAGAGCACACAGCAGAAUACUCCAAUGCCUGCGGUAAGACAGCGGAGUGUAGUGCUGCAGCACCAGACUACGCUCGCGCCUCUUGCAGCGGAUUCAACCAGCAGCAGCAGCAGCAGCAGCAGCAGUUUCUGAUGCAGCGCAUGUUGCAGCAGCAGCAUCACCGCCACUACCAUCAGCGGGUGCUCUACCAAUCGAGCGUUGCCUCCGCUACGCCUUUUAUGCCUCCUAAGGGCGCUGUUGUUUCUGCUUCGCGAGCGGCGGAAACAAGGUAUGCGGCAAUUCCUGCCGCUGCCCCUUUAGGGGGUGUGGUUGCUGGUCAUGGGGGGGGAAGGCGCGCUGCAACGCUCCUGCCCGUCCUCGUUCCAGUGCCUUGUGCCUCAACAGCGGCUGCAGCCGGCUCGACGGAACGAGAGAUUCUACAGCGUCUCUUGGGCGAGCUGCAGACGCUGCCUCCUCUUUUCCCUCAGGAGAAGCUGCGGUAUUUGUACGAGAUUGGAAGAGGCGGCUUUUCACGCGUGUGGGUCGCUGAGUUGAUGCUGCAUCAGCGCUCUGCCGGGAGCCUCGCGACUGCAACAAGUACUGGUUCGCCUCUUUGGAUUUCCGUGGCUCUCAAAUGCAUGCGGGUGUCUCCCUUUCAGCAGCCUGAGGCACCUUCGGCAGCAGCAGCGGCUGCCUCGACCGGAGGCGAAGAGACAGUGUCUCUGCAGGAGCUUCAGCAAGAAGUGCAGCAGCUCCAAAGCCUUAACCAUCCCUCCAUCGUGAAGCUGCUUGGCGUGUCUCUGCUCUCCUGGGGUGGCAACUCCAGGGGCCAGUCUUGCAUAAAGCAGCAGUGCGCAACACGAUACGCCGAUACAGAGCAGCGGUAUUACCGCGUCGCUCUUGUUAUGGAGCUGUGCAGCGGUGGAAGCUUGUAUGCCUUGCUGCACGAACGUCGCGUUUCCAUGACGUCCAAGGACAGGCUGUUUAUUGCCGUGCAAUUCGUCUCUGCCCUGUGCUACCUCCACUCAAGAAGGGUCCCUAUUGUGCACAGGGAUAUCAAGUCGCUGAACAUUGUGCUAGAUGGAGCGGGGAACGCGAAACUGUGCGACUUCGGACUUGCUGCCGAGGCAGACAUGCACACAUCCACCAUGGGAAACACAAGUCGCAGCCUAACAGCCUCCAUGCGUCCUAUCCGACCCAAAGAACCGUUGCAGCCUGCAGGGUCGCCUCGGUACAUGCCGCCUGAGCUCGCAGCAGGAGUGGCAACCCACUUAGACCCCUCCCUGGAUAUCUGGUCCGCUGCAUGCGUUUUGCUGGAGCUCUUUGGAGGCCCUCUUCCAUACCACCGCUGCCACACAUUCGAGGAGAUUCAAAGGCAGCACGCUGAGAGAGUGCUCCCCUCGUUCCCUUCAAACCUCCCGAAGCAACUCGAACUGCUGCUGCGCUCCUGCCUCGCCUUCGAACCGAGCCAGAGGCCUUCCGCCACUCUAGCUCUGGUCGUUCAAUUUAUGGCUGCUGCUGUGGAAUUCUUGUGCUGCGCGGCCUCAGGUGCUGUUCGAACUGAAAUCGCUAUCAUUUUAGAAUUAAGGAGUUUUGUACUAGCUAUGUUAGCCUUAUAUCUUCUAACUAAUGCUAAAGUUUGUUUUGACGUUAUAAAAUGGGCUGUCAGUACACUAACUGACGCAACUACUAGUCCCCCCCCGGACCUCGAAAAUACCUUUCACCUUGCCAAUUUCCACAUUUAA